ACCAAUCGGUGCAUAGAGAAGCUAGGCGGACCGAGAGGAGUGGAGGGAUCCCGAAGAGCCUCCGCCGCCGCUACCUCCGCGGCAGGGGCGUGGAGGGCAGGGGACGGUCGAGCCCGCGGUUGCAAAAAUGGCUCAGAGCAGAGACGGCGGAAACCCGUUCGCCGAGUCUGGCGAGCUUGACAACCCCUUUCAGGACCCAGCUGUGAUCCAGCACCGACCCAGCCCUCAGUAUGCCACACUUGACGUCUACAACCCUUUUGAGACCCGAGAGCCGUCACCAGCCUAUGAGCCUCCUGCCCCUGCACCAUUGCCUCCACCCUCAGCUCCCUCUGUACAGCCCUCAAGAAAGCUCAGCCCCACUGAACCCAAGAACUAUGGUUCCUACAGCACUCAGGCCUCGGCUGCAGCAGCCACAGCUGAGUUGCUAAAGAAACAGGAGGAGCUGAAUCGGAAGGCAGAGGAAUUGGACCGCAGGGAGCGAGAGCUGCAGCAUGUUGCCCUGGGUGGCACAGCCACUCGACAGAACAAUUGGCCCCCUCUACCCUCUUUUUGCCCAGUUCAGCCCUGCUUUUUCCAGGACAUCUCCAUGGAAAUUCCCCAAGAAUUUCAGAAGACAGUAUCUACCAUGUACUACCUCUGGAUGUGCAGCACUCUGGCUCUUCUCCUGAACUUCCUCGCCUGCCUGGCCAGCUUCUGUGUAGAGACCAGCAAUGGCUCAGGCUUUGGGCUUUCUCUGCUCUGGGUCCUCCUUUUCACUCCCUGCUCCUUCGUCUGCUGGUACCGCCCCAUGUAUAAGGCUUUCCGGAGUGAUAGUUCAUUCAAUUUCUUCGUUUUCUUCUUCAUUUUCUUCGCCCAGGAUGUGCUCUUUGUCCUCCAGGCCAUUGGCAUCCCAGAUUGGGGGUUCAGUGGCUGGAUCUCGGCUCUGGUGGUGCUGAAGAUCAACACAGCUGUAGCUGUGCUCAUGCUGCUGGUUGCUCUGCUCUUCACUGGCAUUGCUGUGCUGGGAAUUGUGAUGCUAAAACGGAUCCACUCCUUGUACCGUCGCACAGGUGCCAGUUUUCAGAAGGCCCAGCAAGAAUUUGCUGCUGGUGUCUUCUCCAACCCUGCGGUGCGAACCGCAGCUGCCAAUGCAGCCGCUGGGGCUGCCGAAAAUGCCUUCCGGGGCCCGUGACUCCUGACUGGGAUGCCCUGGCCCUGCCACUUGAGGGAGCUGACAUAGCCCCAUCCCUGAGGUCUCUGGGACUUGGGGAGACAUCACUACUUGAUGGUUUCUCCUUAGUGCCCCCAAUUCCACGGCCAUGACUGCUGAGCCUGACUUGGGGUGCUGGGAGUCCACUGUGAUCUAGUCACUGUUCACCCUUCCCCCCAUUCAGGCCACACUGCUGCCACCUCUCACACACCCCAACCCAGCUUCCCUCUGCUGUGCCAAGGCUGUUGCUUCGGUUAUUUAAAUAAAAAGAAAGUGG